CAGCGAGCGGCCGCAGCUGCCGUCGAUCCGCCACCGCGAUGGCAGCCGCUGUCCUGCGGGCAGAGCCGCCCCCCGCCCCGGCGCCCCUCGGCGGGUCCGGCCCCGCGCCCGGGGAGCGGAGCGAGCUGCCGCCUCCGGGGAGCCGGGACCGGGAGCCGGCCCGGCAGGAGGGCGAGGCGCAGAGCGAGCCGGGGGCCUGGGGAGGCGAAGGAGGCGCCCGGCCGGGGGACAGCGGGGCCCCGGGUCUGGGGGGCGAGGACGGAGCGUGGGAGCCUCUCCUGGAUCAGCGCAAAGCCCCAGCUGCCUGCGGCCCCGCCAGCGCGCCCCUGGGCGGGGGGCACCUCUGCCCGGCGCCAGCCCCGCUCAGCCUGGUGCCAGCGGCUGGCAGCAGCCCAGGGGCUCCCCAGGGGCUGCCCAGCCUGGAAAGGACCUCCAGCCAGACCUCCAGCCGGAGCCUGAGCCCCCCCAGCACGGGGCCAGGAGAGCAGGCCCCGGGCAGCGCGGCCGAGUCCUGCUGCGUCCCGGGGGAAGCUGGCAGCGCCGAGGAGGAGUGCCCCAUCUGCACGGAGCCCUAUGACAGCGGGCGGCACACGCGGGCCCUGCUCAACUGCAGACACGUGCUAUGCAGCGACUGCCUGCACGCCAUCAUGGACCGGGCCGGCGCCGCCGACAUCGGCCGCGUGCGCUGCCCCAUCUGCCGCCAGAAGACCCCCAUGCUGGAGUGGGAAAUCUGCAAACUCCAGGAGGAGCUGCUGCUGCUGCACACCCAGCCUGCCCCGGCCUCCCCGCUGGCACUGCCCAUGCCGCCCCCACUGCCGCCCCGGAGGCCAGGGCUCUGCGGGGCACUGGAGCACCACUUCCAGGUGCGCUUCCACACCAGCCGCAUGUUCGGCUGCCUGCCCUGCGUGCGCUACCCCCUGUGCCUGGUCAGCGGCCUGGGCAGCCUGCAACGCCACUGCCGCUGCUGCUACCUGCUUUCGCUGGCCGCGCUGCUGGCCGCAGAGACGCUCAGCCUGCUGCUCAUCUUCCUGCCCAUCGUGCUGCUCGUGCUGCUCUUCCUCAUCCUGGACAAAUAGCGCCGAGAGCUGCACCCCAGAGCCUGGAGGCCUCCCCAGCGAAGCCCUUUCCAGCUGGGUUGGGCUUCUGUCCCCGCUGUGGGUAAGAACAUAAGAAUGGCCCUGCUGGGUCAGACCAAGGGUCCAUCUAGCCCAGUAUCCUGUCGUCUGACAGUGGCCAGUGCCCCGCGCCCCAGAGGGAAUGAACAGAACAGCUAAUCAUCCAGU